AUGCUGGUGGUAAGCGCGCGCAAGAGGUGCUCGUUGCUGCAACCGGCAUGCGUUAGUACUGUGAGCGGCAACGCCGGGAGUUUUAAUGGUGGUACUACAAGCAACAACGACGGAGUUGCGAUCGUUGAAGGCAAGACUACAACUGUUCUCGACGGUGUUGUGACCACGGAUGGCAGAGUUGCAAUCACUGUCGGUGGUGUUGCGACUGGGGAUGGCGAAGGUGCAACCAAUGUCAGUGGUGUUGUGACCAUGGAUGGCGGAGCUGCAAGCAACGUUUGUCAUGCUGCAACUGGCGUCGUCAUCAAUUUGCAUCAGUCACGUGGUAUGGGAUGCUACUUCAGGCUGUGCUGUGAGGAGUGUUGCAACGACGACGUUGCUGCGGUCGUUGUUAGUGGUGCCGUGACCGAGGAUGACAAAGCCGCAACUGUUGACGAUGGUGCUGUGAUCGUGGAUAGCAGAGCAACAACUAUGACCGGCUUUUUGCACCAGCCUCGUGGGGGUGAGAUGCCACGAGGGGAAGAUAGGCUGGGCGCCCUGACUGACGACAUCCUGCUCUCCAUCUUGGGGAGGGUGGACCUUGCGACGGCGGCAAGGACCAGCACUCUGUCGACACGCUGGAGGAUCCUGCCAUGGCUGCUCCCCGACCUUAACCUCCAUGUCAGGGAUUUCCUGCCCGCCCCAUGCCCAGCAGCCCAACACAUAGAUCAAGCAAUGACAUCGCUGACAAGAGCUGCUAGGAGUUUCUUGCGCAUCAAACGCAGCAGCAGAGUCUCAAGAAUGUCCCUUGAGAUCUACCUGGUUGGCAACUACUCACAUGACAUCGGCCCAUUGGUCCAUGACGCCAUUGACAACGGCAUGGUAAAAGGAUUGGACCUCAUCAUUGCGGACGACAAGGAUUACAAGUGCAAAGGUGCAGAUAUGCUACAGAAAGCACAGGACGUGGACGGGUUCUUCAGCGCCUAUCCUAAUAUGCUUCCUUGCCUCACAAGGCUCCAGCUGUACAACCUGCGUUUUGCUGAGGGGGAUAUACAUAACAUCCUAUUUGAUUGCUGCAAGCAGCUGCAGCACCUUAGUUUGGACCACUGUGACGCUGGGGACUGCUCAGUGUGGCAGAUAGACUCGCCGAAUUCGUCUCUCAGGGCUCUUGAAGUCCGCUAUUCCUACUUGAAGAGGCUCGAGGUGCUCUGCCUUCCCAAACUAGAGCGGCUCAGUUGGCAGGCCUGGAUGCACUGUGAGGCCCCCUUGCAUUUUGGUUCUGUCCCAUCUCUCAAGGAGUUAUUCCUCCUAUGUGGUGCACACCUUGAUCACUCGGGGUUUAGUCUAAGCCAGCUUCUAGAUGGUGCCACGGAAAUCGAUACCCUGACCUUAAACUUCCAGGGAGAAAAGCUUUGGAUCCAGCCUGAAAGCAAGCAACUCUGCGCUGCAUUCAACAAGCUAAGGAAGCUGUCUAUUCAUGGCAUAUAUGUUGAGUUUGACCUGUUAUGGACAAUAAAUCUCCUUGAAGCUGCUCCAACAGUUGAGAUAUUCGACAUUGAGUAUUGCAUUGGGAGCUCGUUGGCAUUGAAAGAGUGCAACCUUCAUGGAAGAUGCCUGGGUUCACAAACUGUAAUAAGUGGCAACUGA